GUGUGACGUAUAAUGUAGUGGACGGAACGCUUCUUUCAUCAGCAGCAACAGUUAGUCAGACACCUCGGUAGCUUGAUAGACAAAAUAGACGAACCAAUAAAGCUCUUUAGACGCUUUCGUGUUUAUUAGCCACUGUAUUUUAAACUCACUACUGUCGUCUAGUUAGUUAUCCGAUUUAAUUUCAUAUUUACGGUGUUGUUAUUAGUCAGCUAGCGGGCUGGUUAAGUUAGCAUUAGCCUAGCUAGCUAACAUCUCUGACCAUGAGUUCACUAAGCUGCUCUCCUCCUGAUAAAGAAGAGGUGGUCUGCUGGACGGAGAAAGAAGCUCUGGUGAAAGAGGAGGAGGAAGUUACAAUACAAAAACAAGUAGAGGGUGAGGCUGUUACGGUGAAAGAAGAAGAGAAAGACGUUUCAGUUAAAGAAGAGGAAUAUACGUUCAGAGUGAAAGAGGAGGAGGAUGUUACAGUAAAAGAAGAGGAGAAAGAGGAGGACGAUGUUACAGUAAAAGAAGACGAGGAAGAGAAAAAGGAGGAUGCGGUUUUUUGGAGUGAAAGAGGAGGAGGAGGAGGUGACUGUCACAUCCAAAAAGGAGGAGGAAGAAGACGAGGAAACUGGAUAUCUGUGCCCGGUUUCCCAAAAGCAUAUUCAGGUGUCCAAUGGUUCUAACAAUGAAUUUAGCCGUAAGAUGGUUUUGAGAAACCGGGCCCUGAUUAACACUAGAGAGAGACGGGACUAUCGUGGGUCCUCUGGGGAGCCUCAACAACCUCAUGAUGCUGACGAGGCAGAGAAGAGUCUCUCCACAUUAGAACACCCCAAGAAACACCUGCAGAGAUCCACAGGGAAGAGAACUCUCUGCUGCUCUGACUGUGGGAAGAGAUUCACCUCAUCAGGCAUUACAAUUCAUCAGCGAACACACACAGGAGAGAAAUCUUAUAGCUGUGAUCAAUGUGGGAAGAGUUUUACUAAUGCAAUCUGAUAUCACACCAGAGAAUACACACAGGAGAGAAAUCCUAUAGCUGUGAUGAAUGUGGGAAGAGUUUUGCCCAAUCUGGAGCUCUGACUUUACACCAGAGAACACACACAGGAGAGAAACCGUAUAGCUGUGGUCAAUGUGGGAAUAGUUUUGGUCAAUCUGGAGAUCUGAGAGUGCACCAGAGAACACAUACAGGAGAGAAACCCUAUAGCUGUGAUCAAUGUGGGAAG